CGACUCCAAGAUGGCGUUAACACCACUGGCUUGCAUUCUGCUUCUCCUUUCCAUGCAAUGGUUGCAGGGAUGCUGGAGCAUCUUGGACUGAAGGCAGGGAAACACCAUGGAGAGAUGGCCAGUCCAUAGCUACAUCAGCACCUUGGCAGUCAUCCUCAAGACGACGAAUCCUAAACCAUGGGUCAAUGAGUUUGAAUCGAUCGAGCUGUCCUGCAUGAUAGAGUCAAUCUCCACUACUAAUCCCAGAAUAGAAUGGAAGAAAAUUAAGAUGGGAGAGCCCAGUUAUGUAUAUUUCGAUAAAGAAAUAGCAGGUGACUUGGAAAAGAGAGCGAAAAUUCGAGAACCUGCGACCUUGGUCAUUCUCAACGCAACAAGAGCCGACACUGCUGAUUACCGCUGUGAAGUCACUGCCCCAAAUGACCAGAAAUCCUUUGAUGAGAUUUUAAUAUCACUCACUGUAAGAGUGAAGCCCGUCGUGCCCAGAUGCUCCGUACCCAAGUCUGUCCCGGUAGGGAAACCAGCAGAGCUGCAUUGCUUGGAGGAUGAGGGCUACCCGAAGUCCCAUUACCAGUGGUUCCGCAACAAGGAGGAAAUCCCGGAGGAUCCCAAGGGCAGCCCAAAGUUCUUCAACUCCACUUACACCCUGAAUGGAGAGAUGGGCACUCUGAAAUUCAGUGCAGUCAGGAAGGAGGACGCUGGAGAAUACUACUGCAGAGCCAGGAAUGAGGCUGGGUUCUCCGAAUGUGGACCACAGAUGAUGGAAGUUUAUGACAUCAACAUUGCUGGAAUCAUCCUGGGUGUAGUGGUUGUGGUGACAGUCCUUCUGUGUAUAACAGUGGGCAUCUUCUGUGCCUAUAAACGUGGCUACUUCACCAGCCAGAAGCAGAUGGGAAACAAUUACAAAACUCCAGCAAAAGGAGAUGGAGUGGACUAUGUCAGAACAGAGGAUGAGGGGGAUUUCCGACACAAAUCCUCAUUUGUCAUCUGAGAGGAGGAAGACGGGUGAUGGAAGAGAUGCAGAAUUACGUUGAAAGUUACUGGCGCUAUUAUACCUCGCAGAGACACAAAUCCCCAAAUGAGGACAUCGACGUCGGAGCUGCCAUUGCACGUGCCUCACUUUACGGCACAUCUGCAACAACACAAUUUGUAUUUGCCAAAGGUGACAAAUAAUCAUGUCUGAUCACUGUUUAAAGACACUAGAUGUUACUUGUUUUAACUUUUACUGCCCCUUUUUUUGUAAAAUUUCAGUAGAACCCAAUAUACAGCAAGAAACCGUUUUCCUCAAACUCUUCAGUCAUUUUUAAAACAUUUAUUUUGUACUAGGUAAAUUUGUCAGACUAUUUUUGAUGGAAUAUAUUUUCAGAUGCCUACAGAAAAAAAUUUUUUUAAACUUUUUUAAAUAUUUGUAAAAUACUAACCUGGACGCCAGUACCUUUUUUUUUUAGACUAAUUUGGUUGUGAAAGAAACCAUUUCCACCAACUUCACAUCCUCUGUUUUACUCAUUCAACAAACAAACAAUGUACCAGACCACUUGACGUGUGGAUGUUUUAUUUUCCAUUCAGAUUUCAAAUCCUUUCAAUUGUAUAUCCAGCGACACUGGCUUCAAUCAAAGGUCUUAUGUACUUACUAUACUGCUGGGAUUUCAUGUUAAUAGUGAAAGGACGUUCCAUGUUCAUGUUUGUAGAUAGUCUUAGACAGUGAGUAUCUUCAGAAAAACAACAGCAAAAAAGCUGGAGAAUAUUUUGAAAGACCAGUGCUGCGUAUCCUUGAUUUUAAGUGUCCUUCUAUGCUAGCUGUUUAUCUUGUAUAUAGUGAAUAUACUGCCUAGGUUGUUUAUUUUUUUAUUUUAUUUUUUUCUUCUCUUUAUCUCGCUCUACAUCUUUUCUUUUUUUCUUAUUUGAGCGAGAAACACUCUCCAUGUUACUUUUUAACAUAACAGGGUUUGUUUGUUGGCUAACUGUACUGGUUGUAUAUAGAUCCACUGU